AUGAAUGUGACUGAACCGCAAAAAGCUUAUCAUUUGAGUAAAAUGCGGACUCGCGUAUAUAGAAGGGAUAAGGACAACGAUGGCUUCAUUUCAUGCGAAGAUUUUCAGUCCAUUGCCACAAAUUUGGUCGAAACUGGUAAGGGAAUCACCAAGGAGAAAACUGAAGAAAUAUUUUCAGCGUGCUCGGAGAUGGCUGAUCUGCAUGGUCUUAAACCUGGCGUAAAACUAACGCUAGAAGAAGCAGCCGUGACUUUGAGUGAUCGCUUCUUGUCCCCAGCAAUUGGCGAAAAAUUGUCGGGACACCCUGGCAAGGUGUUUGACUGUUUCGACACGAACGGCAAUGGACGCAUCUCGAUCGAGGAGUUCAGAGUCGACUUCAAAGUUUUGGGGCUCAAUGCUACUGAUGAAGAAAUUAAGCAUUCUUUUGACACCAUUGAUUCAGAUAGCAAAGAUGAAAUAAGUCGUGAAGA